UCUGUCUACUGCAAGUUUCCCCUGCGCGUCUCAGAGAUUCAGCCCAACAUGCCUGGAGCAUGACGGCAAACUGGUUGAGCUGGUGAGGAGCAGAGCAGAGAGCAGAGCAGACAGCAGAGCAGAGAGCAGAGCAGAGAGCAGAAGAGCCAUGUAAGAGAAAAGUUUCCUUCCUUUCAAAGUCUCAGCUGGAAACAUGGAGCAAAGCGCCACGCAGCCGUGGAGAAAAACUCGCUGAACGGGGAGGAGGAAAGUUUAACCUCCGCAAAGCCUGACGAGGAAAUAAAGCAGAGUGCAGCAUGGCGCGCCGCUCUCAGUGUUCCUCUGCUGGGGAUAACCCCCUGGACCCCAAUUACCUCCCUCCCCACUACCGGGAGGAAUACCGCCUGGCUGUCGACUCCCUGGUGGAGGAAAGCUUGGAAGGAUACUAUCAGUGCCUCCAAAAGGUGGAUGUGGUGGACUUCCUGUCCCCAACUGAGAUUCAGUACAUCCAGAGCAUCGUUCAGCCUCCGAAGCAGAGCAUCCUCUCUGAGCAGCAGUUCCUGGACAGCGAGGGAGAAGGCUCCUCGGACACCUACUGGCCCAUUCACUCCGACCUGGACGUCCCGGGUCUGGACCUCGGCUGGCCUCAGGUGCAUCACUUCAUUGAGCCCACAGAGGUCACGACCCUGGUUAACCCCCCAGAGCCGGACAUGCCGAGCAUCAAGGAGCAGGCCCGGCGGCUGAUCAAGAACGCACAGCAGGUCAUCGCGAUAGUGAUGGACAUGUUUACUGAUGUUGACAUAUUUGCGGAUAUUCUCAACGCUGCUGGGAGGAGAGUUGCUGUCUACAUCCUGCUGGAUGAGCAGAACGCUGAUCUCUUUGUUAACAUGGUGUCCAACUGCAGAGUCAAUCUGCAGGCAUUCCCAUUCAUACGCAUGAGGACAGUAUCUGGAAUAACAUAUCAGUGCCGCUCAGGGAAAUCCUUCAAAGGCCAGAUGAUGGAUCGCUUCCUGCUCACCGACUGCAGAGCUGUGCUGAGUGGGAAUUACAGCUUCAUGUGGUCUUUUGAGAAGCUGCACCGCUGCAUGGCUCACCUCUUCCUUGGACAGCUGGUCACCACCUUCGACGAGGAGUUCCGGAUUCUCUUCGCUCAGUCGCAGCCGCUAAAUGUUGACAAUGUGCUUGCUCAGAUGGAGGAUUUAAAAGAUUUACAAAAGAGACAAUUUCCAGAUGAAAGCACUUCACUGUACAGAAAGCCUAAAAGAUUCCUGGACAUUCCUUCUGAUGACUGGGGAGGACAUCCAUAUGAUGAUCAACUCGACGGGAAUUUGAGGAUUAUGGCUCUAAAGAGGCAGGGGUCCCUCCGCGGCCCUGCAGAUAUGUAUAAUAGGUUUGGUUCACAACAGCGUUUGGACCCCGGUUUUGAUCAGGGUUCUUCACGGCAUUUGAUGACAGAUAAUCCUGUCUUAAAGCGUCACUCUUAUUCUGAAGAUGUUCCUGGCAGAUACUCAUUCCCAUUAAUGCCACAACCGGGAAUGCCAGACUCUGAACCAAGGGGAAAACCUUUUCAUAGGGGCCAGCAGCCUUUUCCUGGACCAGGACCAGAAGAAGACUACAGCAGCUAUGAUAAGUUCUGGAACCAAGGCUAUCUGCCUGAACAAUACUCUGUUCCAGCUUUACAACAAGAAAUACCACCAGAAUUUGAUCCUGUUCUUAACUAUUUAUCAUCCACCAGAAAUCUAGAUGUUGAUCAAGGCACAGAUAAACUUCAACCACCAGUGGAUUUUUCAUUUACUUCCCCUCAACCCAAAAGACUGGGGGUAGGGCAGCCAUAUGCCUGUCAAACCUCCCCAACGCCUUCCAACUCUGCCGAUCAGAAGCCUUUUUUCCACGAUCUUGCCUUGAACCGCAAGGAUCCCACUGUGAAACAGAAGCUGAGAAAUUGGAGGAUUGACUCAUACCUUAGUACAUAUGAUAAUCCAGAGGAAGAAGGCCUUCCAAUGGUGUCAACUCAGUUGACAGACACUUUUCAGGAACCUCUGAAUCCCAUCCAACAAAUGGCCCAGCUACCAGAUCUACCCGCUUCUAAAAUACCAAAUGUCAAAGAGUUUAAGGUUACCACUGUACCUCGAGUCAGCCAAAUGCCGGGGUUUGUCAAAGCAAUCACACAAGAGAAAUCGAAGAAAGUUCUGGAUGACCCUGCUCCAGUGGUGAUAGAAACCAAAACCACACCAGCAUCCUCUGAAACCUACACAGCCGAAGAGAGAAAAACUGAGGAGGACCAAAAACAACCAAAACGCACAGGGCUUCAAAGGGAUGACUCUUUCAAGAGGAAAUACAAUCCAGGGGGGCUAAGAACCUCCAGAUUAAGGUCUUCCCUGAUUUUCAGCUCCCUGGAGCAACAGACCUCUCAAGAAACUGCUAUUGCAGACCAAAACGAUGAGGGAGGUGACAAAAUGAAAACCGAACCGGCCAAACUCCCCCUUGUUUCACAGGUUUUGGGACAAAGGAGAUCUACAGCAAGAGAACCUUUUGAGUGGAGUCGUUACAUAAAAUCCUCUUUGGAAACACUGAAACCAGAUAAUGUAAGCAAAAAGGAGGAGGAUAAAGACGCAUCAAGGGGGAAAAAUUCUCAAGACCUCACGGAUGCCCUGGAGGCAAAGGAGGCCAUAAAAACGACAAAUGUAGAGCAAGAUAAUAUUUCACUAUCGAUGCCUCAAGUCAAGCUCCCUGAACUAAAGGCACCCGAAACUGACCGACCGGUACAACCGACUGAACCUCUGCUCACUGAUGUAGAUAUGAACGAUCCAGAUAAGAGGCUCAUGUUUUUUAAAGAACUGGCAGCAAAACGUAAAGCUGCAGAAGCUCAAAAGGAAAAAGAAAAGGCAGAGUUAAAACCGCAAUCAGAGCUCAAAAACAUGUUAAUUUGCCAAAAGGAAGAGUCUCUUCCAAAAAGAACUCAUGAAACUUCAGUUGCUAAAGAUUCAAUAGAAAAACCUAGUGAAAAUAUCAGCAGCAAAGACUCUAUAGUCCCAAAACCUUCCACUGAACUACAGGUCCAGCCUAAGAAAACUGAGUUGGACAGCCAGUCAAUCGCUGGCCUUUCUGUUUCUACAGAAACAGACCCAACUCUGCCAAAUCCUUUUGUUAAAGACAGUUUGUCAGCACUGAUUCCUCAAUCUAAGCCAACAUCAGUUGAAUUGCCUGAAACCGAUCAACCGGUAAAACUGCCUGAUCUUUUAUCCACAUCUUCAUACAUAGACAUGAGCGAUCCUGAUAAUAGGCUCAUGUACUUUAAAGAGCUGGCAGCAAAACGAAAAGCUUCACAAGCUAAAAAGGGAGAAGAGGAGGCUCCAGUAAAACCACAGGCAGAUCUCCAGAAUACGUCAGCAUCCCAGAAGGAGGAGGAUCCUCCUAAAGGAACACCAGAAAGCAUGGAACCUUCUGUACCAAAGGGCUCAUCAGAAAAUAGCACUACAUUGUCCACAGAGACGUCACCCUCUUUGAAGCACGAUGAAAAUACCAGGAAGCAGGAUAGUCUUGUCAAAAAUGACCCCAGUACCCUCCGUACGUCUGCAGAACAAGUACAAGAAGUUUCUGCUGAAUCGGUAAAAACAGACUCAGAAAGGCAUUCUGCUGAAGAAACUAAAGCAAGUCAGAGCAAGUCAUCAGAAAACCCAACUGCAUCAGAACUUUCUGUCCAAAAGAACUCACCCAAGCAAGCAACUGUUUCUCACACUGCCGUUUCAUCCACUGGUGAAGGCGCUGACAAAGGAGAACCUCCUACUUUAGAAUAUAUUUCAAUAGUUUCUAGUUUAGGGAAAGAUUCAUCAUCUUCUACUCCCCAAAACACUGAAUCAGUUCAGUUAGAAACCAGUAUUCACUCUCUCCCUCUACCCUCGGAAGCAGAAACUACAUCAGAAAUAGGCUCAGUGCAAAUCUCUACCUCUGAUUCUCCUCCACUUGACUCAGGUUUGCAUCACCACCCUGCCACGACAGAAGAGACCUCAUUUUCUGAUUCUGCCCUAAAAGAGUACAGCUCUACGAAUGUUAGUCGCACAACAUCAUCAAAUAUUGAUGGAAUUAAAGCUCAGGAACCUGGUGGCUCCUCACAGCAAGAGCCCUCCGAUGAAAAUUUACAAACCUCUGAUCAAACUCAUCUAAAUGCUGUUUCCCAAUCCGCUUCAUCUGAGAACACCUCAGUAUCUGAUGCCUCAAAUACAGAGCCUGUUGUUUCUCCAGACAAAACGACUGCUGAUCUGGAGCCAGGCAAUUUAAAUGCCUCCACAGAGACAAACAGGAAAGAAUCUUUUGCUGCUGCACCUUUAGUUGAAGGUUUAGAGGAAAAUGUUACUGAAUUUGGGCAAGAGGAGUCAGUUACAAAAGAGUGUAAGACCCUUAAAUCACCUGAAGAUGGUGAAGCUCAAAGCACAUCUCCUGCUGUUUGUCCAUCUACACCUGAUUCCACUUUGCCUAGUGAAUCUGGUCCUGAAGGGUCAGUCUCUGAACCAGAUUUGGAAAAGACAAUUUCAUCUGUCACACAUCCAGUUGACACCCAACCUGAAGAUGUACCUAAGGAAACAGGAUCACUUGAAAACACAGAGUCUCCUAAAGCCUCACUGUUGGAAAAAAGUGAACUUGCUCCAGAAGUGGCAAUACAAACUCCUCUGUCCUCCAAACUCAAGCUAAUAGACUUGAUCGCACCUUCAGCUCCUGAAACAUUAUCUUCUUCCUCAACGUCUGAAUCAGUCCAGUCAGGCUUGGACCCUGAAGCUAAGGUAUCAGUAACCAGUACAGAGGAAAACUUCUCAGAUUCAAACUCAAUAUCCAAUGAUACUCAACCAAAAUCAGAGGAAUCUCUUGUUCAGCCAACUGAAUCUACCAAAGCAGCCCCAGCUAAUUUGCCAUGUAAAUUAUCUGAAGUAUUGACUCCUCCAAGCCAAACACCAGAACCAGCUGCACCUCAGGAGAGAAGUAAUAAAGAGGCUGAGUUUGGGGAGACAGAUGAGAAAAAGUCCAACAAUCUAGAGGACAAAGAUAAGAGCCAGAAACUAUCCACUGAGGAUCCUGCAAGCAGGGAGAAAACAAAAGACCAAUCAAAGCAGAGUAACUGCUCCGAAACAACAGAGGUGACAUCCAAACAGCCCAAAUCGAGUCAGUCUCGCUACCACUCUUCAACAGUGAAUGUGAUCACAAGCAGCAAUCUCCGAGAUGACACUAAGCUGCUCCUGGAGCAGAUUUCUGCCCAAUCCCAAAGCAGGAACGAAGCAACAAAAGAGUCCCCCGUCACAGACGACGAGAAAGAAGACAAGGCUGACAAAAAGACUAAAAACGAAAAGGAGUUGGGCUACAAGUCAUACAACCGGGGGCAAACUAAAACCACUCAGGAGAAGGAGAAGCUAUUGGAGAGGAUUCAGAGUAUGAGGAAGGAGAGGAAAGUUUACAGUCGUUUUGAGAUGGCACCUUAGAUGGAAUCCAAAGGAUGUUGAGAAAAGGGAAAGACAUUAUUUGAUUCUGCAAGAUGCUUCCUGGUUUUGCCACAAACAGGCUUUUUACGCACAGAAGGUUGAGGACAUCGACGUUGCCUUCACUGACCUUCACCAGCUAAAACUGCCAGCAGUACAGAACGUUGCCAAGCUGUUCAGCGGCACGCCCCAUGUUCAGUAAAGGAUUUGCAUCAUCAUUUUACUUGCAGAAGACAUGAUCAAAGCUGUAUUUAGUGACUGCAUGGGUAAAGUGCAAUGAGUGCAACAGGAUUUUUAUGUGGUGACGCCUGUUUUUGCCUUUUUACUGCAGCACUGACUAAAGUCAACUUGUUAUGUGAUCUUAUAAAAUCUGAAGUAACCAGAAUGUGUAAAGCUGGUAAAACUGUAGUAUAAUUUGUUCUGUAAUAUAUUGUUAGUCAUUCACUUUAAAGAAAACAUGAUAGAUGUUUGCAGAGUUGGAAGAGGUGGAUGUGUAGAUUACAUCCAUACAUGAGUACAAAGAAAAUCAUGGAACUACCAGAAAGAAUCAGCAGACUGAGGAAAAAUGUCCCAUUAAACUGUAUUUACAACAGUAACGUGGUAUUCAAACCAAAUGUGAUAUUUUGCUUAUUCAAUAUGAGAGAUGUUGAAAUUAAAGGUUAUUUUCAAGCUGUA